AUGCAGAAUGCCCAAGACUGGCAGACUGAAAAUUAUUUACCCUCAGACUUGAAGCGUGCCUUCUCCGCAAUUUCAGAAAUCCCCGAUGCUCUCUUGCGAGCAGAACUUCUUCGGCGAGAUGGAGCUUCAGAUGACACUCCGGCAUGCGGAUCCAAACAGCGGGGCGCCUAUAAUACUCCGUUGCAUGUUAUGGCACUGUUCCUCAUCCUUGGGCUGAGUACAUUCGCUUGCUCUUUUCCGGUUCUAGCGCGCCGUUUCCCUCGUCUUCCGAUUCCCCGUCGGUUCCUCUUUAUAUCGAGACACUUUGGAACGGGUGUAUUGAUUGCGACGGCAUUCGUCCAUCUGCUCCCCACAGCAUUCGUCUCUCUGACUGAUCCAUGUCUCCCUCGAUUUUGGAGUCAAACAUAUCGUGCUAUGCCAGGGUUUGUUGCAAUGAUAUCGGUCUUUGCAGUGGUUAUUGUGGAAAUGUUCUUCGCGAUGAAAGGCGCAAAGCAUGUGCACGGAAGCGAAUAUGAUAAUCUCAUUGGCGAGGUUGGGCAUGACUCAAGCAGUGAUGGGGAAAGUCCAGAUCUCGACUACUCGAGGCUAGAGGCCCGGCAGGUUUCAGAUAAUAUCAUUCUAGAUAGUAUGGGGCACAACUCCAAGUUGCGAACGACAAGAGCUUCCGGUCCGUCCCAUGAAUCGGACCGUCUUCGCCUGGCGGACUCAUCACCGGAUAAAGAGGACGAUGGGGAUGACCUUGAUGGGCUAGAUGACUACAUGGAUGACGACGGACUCAUCAGUGGACAGGCAGCCCAUUCUGCGCAGUCACAGCCUGUCCACCGGCAUCGACCCCGUGUGAGCGAAAGCCACCGACAGCAGACCGACGCAGAAGGCCCAAUCCAGAAUCCACAACGUCAGCUUCUGCAAUGCCUCCUCUUAGAAGCUGGAAUUUUGUUUCACAGCAUCUUCAUCGGCAUGGCACUUAGUGUUGCGACUGGCACCUCCUUUGUCGUCCUGUUAAUUGCAAUCAGUUUUCAUCAGACCUUUGAAGGUUUCGCCCUGGGGUCUCGGAUUGCGUCGCUCAUCCCAGAUCUCUUUGCACCGAAUUCCAUGAAACCAUGGCUCAUGUCACUGGCAUACGGAAUGACAACUCCCUUCGGUCAAGCUAUUGGUUUGGUUCUACACAAUUUCUACGAUCCUGCCAGCGCAACAGGUCUGCUGAUGGUUGGCAUCACCAAUGCCAUUAGCAGUGGUCUUUUGCUCUUCGCGGGUCUGGUGGAACUCCUUGCCGAGGACUUCUUGAGUGAGUCGAGUUAUAAGACCCUCAAGGGCAGACGACGUGUUGAGGCUUGUGUGUCUGUUGCCUGCGGUGCUCUCCUCAUGGCAUUCGUCGGGGCCUUUGCUUAA